AUUUCGCAGUGCAUCCAAGAAUAGGAUCUAGGAUUCUCUAUUCUCUCUCCCUCAGAUACUCUCCCCACUGCUAUAUCUAGUACUUUCUGAUUGCCAACUCUCUCUCUCUCUCUCUCUCUCCUCUCUCUCUCUAUACUAGAAAGUAAAGCAGCAGGAAAAGGUCCUUGCUCUGAUCAGGGUAAGAUAAGAUGGCAGAGGGGGAGGAAGUUCAACCACUUGUUGUUGACAAUGGAACCGGAAUGGUUAAGGCUGGUUUUGCUGGUGAUGAUGCUCCUAGGGCAGUCUUCCCGAGUAUAGUUGGUCGUCCAAGACACCAAGGUGUGAUGGUUGGUAUGGGACAAAAGGAUGCUUAUGUUGGAGAUGAAGCUCAGUCUAAGAGAGGAAUUCUUACAUUGAAGUACCCCAUUGAGCAUGGAAUAGUGAGCAACUGGGAUGAUAUGGAGAAAAUUUGGCAUCAUACCUUUUACAAUGAGCUCCGCGUUGCUCCAGAUGAGCAUCCUGUUCUUCUCACCGAGGCACCCCUUAACCCCAAGGCAAAUCGAGAGAAAAUGACUCAGAUCAUGUUCGAGACCUUCAACGUGCCCGCUAUGUAUGUUGCCAUUCAGGCCGUUCUCUCCUUGUAUGCUAGUGGUCGAACAACUGGUAUUGUGCUGGACUCGGGUGAUGGUGUGAGCCACACGGUCCCCAUUUACGAGGGAUAUGCACUUCCCCAUGCUAUUUUACGUUUGGAUCUUGCUGGGCGUGACCUCACGGAUUAUCUCAUGAAGAUUCUCACCGAGAGAGGUUACACAUUUACCACGACGGCUGAACGAGAAAUUGUGCGCGAUGUGAAGGAGAAGCUUGCUUACGUUGCAUUGGAUUUUGAACAAGAACUGGAUACAGCAAAGAACAGCUCGACUGUUGAGAAGAGCUAUGAGCUGCCGGAUGGACAAGUAAUAACUAUAGGUGCCGAGAGAUUUCGUUGUCCUGAAGUUCUUUUCCAGCCAUCGUUUAUUGGAAUGGAAGCUGCUGGAAUUCACGAAACAACCUACAACUCCAUCAUGAAAUGUGACGUGGAUAUCAGGAAAGAUUUGUAUGGAAACGUCGUGCUUAGUGGCGGUUCAACUAUGUUCCCGGGUAUUGCCGAUCGCAUGAGCAAGGAAAUUACAGCACUCGCUCCCAGCAGUAUGAAGAUCAAGGUCGUUGCACCACCCGAGAGGAAGUACAGUGUCUGGAUUGGAGGCUCAAUUCUGGCAUCACUAAGUACUUUCCAACAGAUGUGGAUUUCGAAAGCUGAGUAUGAUGAGUCCGGUCCCGCAAUUGUUCACAGGAAGUGCUUCUAAAGUUCUAAGCUUGGAUGAGUGUAUUUGUGAAGGUUUCUUAGUGUGGCUUGGCUUGGAUUGGCUUGGCUUGCAGUUUUGAACUAUAGAUACAAGGAAGAAAAAAAA